AUGCCUUCCGAGUCGAGGGUCGAGAACCCUUUAUUCCACCCCUUUCUGUUCUGGUUCCAAGUUUUCCAGUAUUUGACAGACAAGAUUCUGUCCCCGGCGCCUCCGGAUAGGAGCAAGCCCCUGCUAAGACCAAAGGUAGCCAUUAUUGGGGCCGGUAUCACUGGUGUUACAUCUGCAGCACACUGCGUCGGCCAUGGGUUCGAUGUCACCAUUUUUGAGGCCGGCGGGGAGGACAAUCUGGGCGGAAUCUGGAGUAGAGUCAACAACACAUCCAGUCUCCAGAUACACUCAUUAAUGUAUCGAUUUCACCCUUCGGUGCAGUGGGAACGAGGCUACCCCGACCGUCAGCAGAUUUUGAGCCAGGUCAAGCAGUUAUGGAAGCGCUACAACCUAGACGAGAAGACUGUGUUUAACUUCAAGGCCGAGAAAGUCUACCAAGACGAGAAAGGCCGCUGGGUGGUCAAUGACCCCUCUCAUGGGAGAUUUGACGGUCUUAUUGCUGCUGUUGGCACUUGUGGUGAUCCCAAGCGCCCUCAUAUCGAAGGCAUGGAGAGAUACCGCGGGCCAAUCUAUCAUUCCAGUCAGUUGACCGGCAAGAGCGCCAAGGGCAAGACCAUGGUGGUUAUCGGCGGUGGAGCCAGCGCAGUGGAAGCCCUUGAGUACGCAGCCGACGAAGAUGCUGCCAAGGUCUACAUUCUUGCCCGAUCUGAAAAGUGGAUAAUUCCACGCAACCCCAUCGUCAAUAUUCUCCUCGCCUUCAACAUCUUUGGGCAGGAGACUAUUUUCUCAUGGAUACCCGAGUUGAUACUGAAAAAGUUGUUCUACCGCGACCUCCAAGACAUUGCGCCCUACAACAAAGGGAUAUUUAUGGACACGCCCAUGGUCAACACGGAUGUAAUGGACAAGAUUCGCUCUGGAAAGGCCGAGUGGGUCAGGUGCGACAUCGAAGGGUUCGAAGAAGAUGGAGUGAGGGUGAACCGUCGGGCAAAGGGCGUACCCCCCGGCGGGCCGGGACGCGAGGACAUGAUCGAAGCGGACAUGAUCGUCCUCGCCACGGGCUUCCAGCGCCCUUCCCUGUCGUUCCUCCCAAAGGACAGCUUCGAGGAGCCUUACGGGGCGCCCAACUGGUACCUCCAGACCUUCCCGCCGAAUCACCCCUCGAUCUCGGCCAUCAACUGCACCUACCUGUCCGCGAUCGGCACUGUGGGAAACUGGCACAUUGGCAUCUACACGCGGGUUCUCCUCAUGUUCCUCAUUGACCCCCUAACCCGCCCGAGCCCGUUCUGGAUGGAACGGUGGAUCGAUAUGACCAAGAUCCUGAAAGCCCGCAGCCCCACCGGGGCGUUUGACUUCUUCACGUAUCUGGAGUUGCUGUGGUGGUUCACGUUCUCUGUGGCUUUUAAUCCGUUCAGAUGGAAGUGGGCUAUAUUUGUGUUCUUCGGUAUCGGUUUCGCGCUGCCAAAGAGGCUGGUGCAGGUCGAAGAUGCCAUUAGGAAUGGCUUGGGUCGGCCGUCUAGUGAAGAGGUAAAUAGGGAUCAAGGUGCAAGCAUCUGA